ACACCAAUGCUAAAGCUAAUAAAUGCCUCAAAAGAGCUGUUAUAAUCUGGCCACGAGUCUUCAUCUCAUCCCAUGUCUCCCAUGCCUGUAACGUUACUACACAGAAGCAAAAAUAUCUCAUCAAUACGCCUGAUGCCCGCCGUUUUGCCGUUUUGCCACUUCAAAUUGGGCCUUUUAGUAUAAAAGCCUAAUUGCCUCGUGCUUUGGAGGUAAUCUGGGCUGAAAUGGCUCUCUUGAUGCGGACCCUCGUCGCUUUCAUCAUAUUAUUAUUGACUUUGACUGUAUCAGCAUCGGCUCGUCCGAGUCAUUGCAAGCACCCCGCGGUUAGAAAAGAAUGGCGCGCUCUCUCGUCACGAGAAAGGGCAGAAUGGAUCGCUGCUGUCAAUUGUCUGGCAACCCUACCUCAUGAUGAAUCCUUGACUCCUAUGGUUAGGCCAGGCGAUAUAGUUGGCGUGAAUGCUUCUAGUUCAUACUACGAUGACAUCGUAUAUAUGCACAUGGAUAUGAACCACAAGAUUCAUUUCACUGGUUUGUUCUUGCCGUGGUAUCGAUGGUAUGUUCAAAAGUACGAGAACGCUCUCAAAGACAAAUGCGGUUACAAGGGAACCUCUCCCUACUGGAAUUGGGCCGCCGAUUCCAACAACGUAAAAAUGUCCACCAUCUUUGACCUUGACCCAAAAAGCGGACUUGGUGGAUGGGGUCUUCCAUCUCAGGACGUCCACGUUCAAGAUGGUGGCUUCGGGGUCUAUACUACCUUCCGACUAUCGUAUCCAUCCUACCAUCCUUUACGACGAAAUUUUACGAUACGGCCAUUCGUAGGGCUACCUCUGGAAUUUUUCCCCGACCAAGAGCUCUUGGCCAAUAGCAGUUUUACACCGGAAGUGGUCCGUGAUCUAGUAUACGGAUACGUGGGUGACUUCAAAGGGUUUCAAACAAAAUUCGAGUUCUUCACAGGAGCACACGGGAGUGUACAUGAGAUUUUUGGCGGUGACCUCGGAGGCAUCUGUCCAUCAGAUUCCACCAUUUGUCAACCCGGUCCAACAUUUUCUGCGAAUGAACCGAUAUUUUGGCUACAUCAUGCGAUGGUUGACAAAGUUUGGUACGAUUGGCAGAACGCGAAUGAGCUCAAUGCACGAGCAUUUGAAGGUGGAAGUGUUCAGAUGAUUGACAAUAUUACAGUGUAUAAAGAAUAUUCCAACGGUGGUCCUCCGAACCUUCAUAUGGAUUCGGUCACCACUGGUGAAGGCCUGUUUGAUGAGUUUAUCAUACGUGAUGUUAUCAGCACCACUGACGGAAUUUUAUGUUAUUCAUACGAAUAACUCUGGCUCUCGUACUAUUGAAUAUAAAUUCCAAGAACUUUGAAAUUUGGGAUAAUCUAGCGCACCAGAAGCGUCUGGAGGCCUCGUAGUGUAUGACGAGUCCUCCCACCGCAGAGACUAGAGCGGGACCAGGGCGUUAGCGGUAAUCAAAUCUUGAAGUCAUUACGGGCCGUGUGCACUGCAUUAUAAUGGUGUGACAGUUUAGCGCCCCUUC